AUGGAGAAAUGGAUGCAAAGAACACCCCCUGUGUUCUCUGCUCUGGCUCAGCGGACGGUGGACUUUGCUACAAGGCUGUUUGUUGAGACUCACAUUGCAGCGCUGGAAAUGAGGAAAGAUCAGAAGAAGUUCCUUUCAAAGGAGUGUUUUCUCCUCGAGCAGAGAAUGGCCAGAAGCCCGGCUCUGUCUUGGGCCAUCAUCCCAUUUGGACUGCUCUUCUUAGCCCAUGGAAUCCACUGUUUGUUCUUGCCCAAUGCAACCCAACUAGAAAGCAUCCUGAGCCGAUACCAGGACCAACAGCCCCACUCGAGGGCGAAGAGAGCCAUUUCCAGAUCAGACAAAGAAGAGAUUCUGAUGCUUCAUAAUAAAUUGAGAGGCCAGGUCUAUCCUUCAGCAUCCAAUAUGGAGUACAUGACCUGGGAUGAUGAGCUGGAGAGAACAGCUGAAUCCUGGGCCCACGAGUGCAUUUGGGAUCACGGCCCCAGCACUCUCCUGAUGUCUAUUGGUCAAAACCUGGCAGUUCAUUGGGGCAGGUACCGAUCUCCAGCUUUCCAUGUCCAAUCUUGGUAUGAUGAAGUUAAGGACUAUACGUACCCAUAUUCUCAUGAAUGUAAGCCGUGGUGCCCAGAGAAAUGCUCAGGACCAAUGUGUACUCAUUACACACAGAUUGUUUGGGCCACCACUAAUAAAGUCGGCUGUGCUGUGAAUGUCUGCAAGAGGAUGAACGUGUGGGGCGAGACUUGGGAAAACGCUGUAUACCUGGUCUGUAAUUAUUCUCCCAAGGGGAACUGGAUCGGAGAAGCGCCAUACAAACAUGGCAGAUCUUGCUCUGAGUGUCCACCUAGCUACGGAGGAGGAUGCCAGAAUAACCUGUGCCACAAAGAUGACCGUUAUGUGCAAAAGCCGGAGGUGGAGGAGACCAACGAAGUGGAGACGCCCCAAGUGACGGAGAACAAACAUGUGUGGGUGCAAGAGAGGGUGACCAAACCCGCCAAGGAAAGGAAAUCGUCUGCCACAACUUAUAUGACACAAGCCCUCAAGUGCGACACCAAAAUGAGGGACAGAUGCAAAGGAUCGACCUGCAACAGAUACCUGUGUCCUGCUGGUUGCUUGAACCACAAGGGGAAAGUGUUUGGGACUUCCUUCUAUGAAAGUUCGUCCAGCUUAUGCAGGGCUGCCAUUCAUUCUGGGAUGCUGGAUAACCGAGGAGGCCUGGUCGACAUCACCCGGAGGGGCAGGGCCGACUUCUUUGUGAAGUCGGCGAGGAACGGGGUUCAAUCUUUAAGUAAAUUCAAACCUUCGAAUUCUUUCGUUCUUUCGAAAGUCACAGUGCAGACUCUGGAUUGUUACACCACGGUGGCAGAGCUCUGCCCAUUCAAGAAACCAGCUGCUCAUUGCCCUAGGUCCUACUGUCCAGCGUACUGCAAAGAAGAGCCUUCCUAUUGGGCACCGGUAUACGGCACAAAUGUUUAUGCGGAUAGUUCCAGCAUCUGCAAGGCCGCAGUGCAUGCUGGAGUCCUUACAGACGACGCCGGCGGUUAUGUGGACGUGAUGCCGGUGGAAAAGAAGAAAUACUACAAUGGUUCCCUGAAGAAUGGGAUCCAGUCAGAGAGCUUAAAGAAUCCAAGAGAAGGAAAGGCGUUUCGAAUUUUUGCCAUGAAACAGUAAAUUUCCAGGAGAACAGUGGAAGGAGAACGUUGAAGUGUUUGGGAGAGGCGAGAAGAUCAA